AUGGGUCCAUUGCUCACUGCGCUGUACUAUGAAGUGACCAAGGCAACAAGUUUCAUAAGAAUAUCGGCAUAUCCUGGGUUCGAUGCCGAAGCUCGCACAAAAAUCGAGAGACGAAGUGUGGCCGUUGCCACUAUUGCUGCCCCCACAUUCCAACCGCUACCCGCUCGCGAUAUCAACCUCGAUGCCGCAGGACCUGGUGACGGUAAUAAACCUGGUCUAUAUGACUCCAAAGCACUCUGA